AUGGCGAGAGGGAAUAGCAGCCAUGAAAGUGGUUGCAAGCCCAUGCUUGCUGAGAGCCACCAUUUCAGAGGGAAUAGGGUGCAUGGUCUUGCUUUUAGCGGUGAAAUUCACCUUCUUUCCGUCGUCGCCGAUGACAUUCCACUUGCCGACGAUAGUUCGCUUGAUGUUCUGCUUGUCAAUACUAAGUGUGGUAACAAGAUCGUCGUUUUCUAUCCGAGGAACCCUUAUGCUCGCCUCACUCUGCUGUACUCUCAUGGCAAUGCUGUUGACCUUGGCCAGCUUUAUGAUCUCUUUGUUCAGCUCAAGGUCAAUCUUAGAGUUAAUCUCAUGGGAUAUGACUAUUCUGGCUAUGGAGCCUCUAUUGGUAAGCCCGGUGAAUCCAAUACUUAUGCUGACAUAGAAGCAGUUUACGAAUGUCUUGAGACUGAGUAUGGAGUUAGCCAGGAAGACUUAAUUUUGUAUGGGCAGUCAAUCAGGAGUGGGCCAACACUGCACUUGGUUGCUUAA